UCAUGCCAAACCUAGAUUGACCUGAGUUUUAACAAAUUGACAAAAAAUUGUUUUCAAAGCUGAAAUUUGCAAGGAAGUUGCUCGAUCACGUGAUCCCCUCUCAUUUGCGUUCCUAAGGCGUGACCCACAUCGCGACCUCACCCAAGCCUCAACCGCUUGGGAACGGACUGCGCUCAGCGACCGCAUCACCCGCCAUCGCCCUUCCUAGACUACAAUCGGAGCAUUUGUGGAAUCACGUCAAGAUGGACCGCAAGAAAGAGCAAGAUACGCUCUUGGAUCGCCACAACAAGGCCAUGGCCGCAAUCCUGCGGCGCUUCCUCAACAUGACCAAAGCCGCCACGGCGCCCAUACCCAAGGAGGGCGCGUUGGACAACGAGGCUCUGAACCAGAUGAGGAUGGAGACGGAGACAAACGCAUUAAUCACAGAGAUCCAGAACCUCCUCGUGAUAACGCGGGAGAUCAAGGCGCUCUGGAUCAAGGGCCCGCUGCGCAAGCCCGGGGAGGAUGCCGCGCAGCAGGCGGAGCUGGACGCCAAGGCGCUGCGGGUGCAGGAGUUGUACAACGCGCUCAUGGCGCAGCGCACCGAGGGCCAGAGGAGGGACGCGGAGGCCAGGGCGAGGGGACAGCAGGGCCAGACGGCAUGAGAUUGGGAGAAGCCAACGAGUUGGACGCCGCGGGGAUUGAUACUGCGGUGAUGAGAAGUAAAAAGCUCGCGAGUCCGUAUUAAUGCGCGAUCGGUCAGUGAGUGAGUACAAUCGUGUUGCUAUGCUGGAGUUGAUUUUACGGCGUUCGGGAACCAUGGCACGGAAAAGGUCACGAGGCGCAUUGACUAAUUUACUGAUACCCAUGCCUUUUUAGAAGGGCCGUGAAUAAAGAAUAUACGAUG